AGGAGUUAAGUAGGUGUAUACAUAUGUAUGCAUCUCUUAUUCUUCAGUGUGCAUUUCAUCGCAUGAUUUUUUUAAUGUUGAUAAGUGAGAUUUUCUUUUUUAUUCUGUUCAUACAAACCUAAGCUGUAGCUUCGUAUUGUAUCAGUUUAUGUGCAUCUCGACUAAAUCAUACUACUUGUUACUUUCCGAUAACUAUUGAAAAAUGAAGAUGCUUUUUAUAAGUGCGUAUUUUGUUACAUUUAUUGCGAACGCUUGGAUAUAUUGCAAUGGUGCUGAUUGUUCUGAAGGAUGGAUAAGUUACGAGUCCUCUUGUUACUAUUUCAGUCCUGACAGGCUGACCUGGGACCAAGCCUUUAAUCAGUGUACAGCGCUGCAAAGUCAUUUGGUAGAAAUCGAGAGUUCCGAAGAAAAUACGUUCCUUGCCACUGUAUUAAAAGCAAGCACACACAGGAAUCGAAGUUGUUCGUAUUACAUUGGACUCACGGAUAAAGAAGUGGAAGGGCAAUGGAAGUGGGUGACUAGCAAAACACUCGUAGGAAUCUCACAUUGGUAUCCAGGGGAACCUAACAAUCAUGAAAACAGGGAUGAAGAUUGUGUUUGUUUUUGGCGGGCAGAACCAGGAUCAUGGAAUGAUAUAACCUGUUCUUCCUCAAACCUCUAUAUCUGUGAAAGGGCAAAAACAACCGACGACACUGACACAAACAAAGCAACAGUUCCAGUGUAUGUGCUUGCAGUUGUGGUAUCAGGACUUCUGCUACUAAUUGCCGUGGAAUUAGUCUUUAUAAUACGAAUAAAACGUCAGAGUAAUAUAAGCACUGCUGAAAUGAACACCACUGCGGAAGAAUCAAAUCUAGAGAAUGAUAUAGAAGAUGGAUACAAUUUACCUUCUAACAUGUCAGAGAACAGCAAUUACUUAACAGUCAUUUCUGGGAAUGACAUUCUGGAAAGAGAGUAUGGUUAUGUCAGGGGUCGCUUACCUCAAAUUUUAAAAAAAACAGUAGAAGAAGCCGCUGAUUUAAUUGCUUUCAAUAACAUUUUGCCUAGACAUUUACUAGAAGAGAAAUAAGAGAAGAUGAAAAGACUCGGCACAAGAUGGAAGUCUAUGAAAUUAAAUAAAUUAAUUUCACAUGCCUUUCUCUGUUUCACUAGUUUGUACUUUUAUAAUUAGAUACUGUUAGAAAGGCAAGUGAAACGAAUGCAUAAGUUGAUGACAAGUUCAUUGGCAAGACAAAAAAACUGAAAAUAAGGUAAACUAUUAAAUAAUUUCCAAGAUAUUUCUAAAACAUUUAAGCUGUCUGUUAGUUACUGUGGUUGAAACAAUAAAUUAUAAGAGAAAUCAUUGAUUCGUAUGAAACAUCUGCAAUAAUUUGCAAUAUUGCUGUCGGUAAACAAUAUUGAGAAAAAGUUAAAACUGCCUUUCUUUCACUAGAAUAGUAACAAACUGUUGUUUUAGAAAGGAAACUUACGUACUGCACAUGUCAAAUGGUUUCGAUGCACGAGAAGUCCAAAACGGCACGAUAUAAAAUGUAAAGUCUAGACGACCUUGUGCGUUCAUAUUACAGAACUUUACAAUGUAUUGUUAAACAGGCAGUUAAUUAAAUUAAUUAUUUAACAGUGUAGUAAAUGAGAGAGAAAUUGAAUUUCCUUUGAUCUUUCAAACACGGCUAUCGUGGUAACACAAUAGUUAAACAAAACCUGAUUUGAAAUAUAACAAAACUGUUCUGUCAUAUAAUUAUGAGCACCCUCAUUUCCCUUCUAUUAUUAUUAAGGCGUAACUUUAAAAAGAAAAUGUUUGUUUAUUUGCCUGAUACUACAUUAAAAUGUAACAACCGUAAA